AUGAGACUCCGAGACUCCAGGACACCUGAUCAGGGGUCUCCGCCGCGAACCUUGAAAACGGCGGAGCGACGUCCCUCAACACUGAAGCCCACGCCCAAGCCGAAGAUUCGAAUCUCAUUACUUGGAGGGGGCCAGAUGACCCAGAAAAACCCCAGGAAAUGGCCCAACAGUAUGAAACCGAGAAAUUCAUGGGCCGUGUCUCUGUUCGUCUUUAUUUCGCCUGUCUCGUCGUCAAUGAUCGCCCCCGCCAUGCAAAAUCUCGGCAGUGAUCUAGGGAUGCAGACCGAGAUUGAGAUAUAUCUUUCUAUGGCCAUAUUCAUUCUCGCCUAUGCAAUUGGUCCUACAUUCUUUGGGCCGGCGUCGGAGCUUUACGGUCGUGUGCGUCUGCUGCAGAUCAGCAACAUUUGGUACCUAGCCUGGAACUUGGGAUGCGGUUUCGCCAAUACCAAAGCUCAGCUAUUUGCGUUUCGUUUUCUUGCGGGUAUUGGUGGCAGUGCACCGCUGGCUAUUGGAGGUGGUGCAGUUGGUGACAUGUGGAGCGCCGAGGAACGCGGCAAAGCCAUGGGCGUUUACACUCUUGGACCGCUCCUUGGGCCUGUCGUCGGACCUAUUGCUGGAGGCUUUAUCGCUGAGUAUACAACAUGGCGCUGGGUUUUCUGGGCAAGCUCUGCCGCAGCCGUUGGCAUUCAGUUGGCCGGGUUUGUCUGGUUGCGCGAGUGUCACCCGGCAACCCUACUACGAAUGCGUCGGGAUUGUCUCGUCAAAGAAACUGGCAACGAGAAUUUUCACGUCGAAGAGAGGGCUGAGGCACUCACUCAUAAGCUCCUUCACGCCUUCGAGCGUCCGGUUCUGCUAUCCAUAACCCAGCCCAUCGUCACCUGCAUUGCCGUCUAUAUGGCCUACAUUUUCGGAGUAACGUACCUCAUGCUCGCAACAUUCCCGGAUAUCUGGACUGAGGUCUACGACGAAACCCGCAGUAUCAGCAGCGUCAAUUAUGUAUCCAUCGCACUCGGCUCCUUCACCGGCCUCUUCCUCAACCUCAAGUUUAUCGACCGCAUCUACAGAGUCCUCAAAGCGCGCAACAACAAUAUCGGCAAGCCCGAGUUCCGCAUGCCGGCUCUAGCAAUUGGCUCCAUCAUCAGUACCAUCGGCCUCUUCUGGUACGGCUGGAGCAUAGGGACCAGGUAUUGGAUUAUGCCUGAUAUCGGCGCUGCGAUCUUCGCUGCGGGGACUAUCUCUUGCCUCUAUCAGACCUACGCUGCGAGCGCAAUGGCAGCAUGUGCAAUUCUGCGCAGUCUGGCAGGUUUUGCGUUCCCGCUCUUUGCGCCGUAUAUGUACCAGUCUUUGGGAUAUCAGUGGGGAACUAGUGUGUUGGCUUUCGUUACCAUAGGUAUUGUGUGGACGGCGCCGUUUGGAUUCUGGUAUUUUGGGCGAUGCUAA